AUGAAGAGUGAAGUAAUUGUGGAAGAAGGAUUCGUAUUCAAGGAUGAAACCCACCUCACUAUUUCAAAGAACUCUCUUUUCUUCGCUGGCGAUGGCUACACUGCUUACGACUGCAAAGGUGAACUCAUCUUUCGAGUCGACUCAUAUGGCCAUGAUGCUCGUGAUACAGGGGAAGUCGUUCUCAUGGAUGCCUCCGGUAGAUGCCUUCUUACUGUCCGCCGUAAGAGGCCGAGUCUCCAUCACAGGUGGGAAGGCUUCGUAGGGGAGAGAAUUAAUGGAGAUGGACAAAAGCCAAUCUUCAGCGUUCGCAGAUCAUCAAUGAUUGGACGGUUCAGUGUGGCGGUGGAGGUGAACAACAAUCCAGGUGAGGAGUACCAGAUCGAAGGAUCCUUUUCCAACAGGCAUUGCACCAUUUUCAAUGCGGAAAAGGAGAUUGUGGCAGAGAUUAGACGUAAAGUGGAUACCUCCACCAAUGUCGUACUUGGAAAAGACGUUUUGUUACUUGCACUAAAACCGGGUUUUGAUGGGGCCUUUGGUAUGGGGCUAGUGCUGGUGCUUGAUCAAAUUAAUGGUGAUGGUUUAGCUGAUGAAAAUCCAACCAAUGAGGAUGCAACUUGUUCUUCUUAA